AUCACCAGCUGACAGUGGUCAGUGAUACGGAUACAGGCAAACAUUUGUUUAUGUAAGGCUAAAUAACGUCUUGCUAUCUGUAAUCGAGGUUAUCUCAGGCAAUGAAUUAGAUUAAAUCUUCUAAUUGAGAAGUUGAAGUAACUUGUAACUUUAGUUCAGAUUCACCCUCGUUGUAGCCCGUAAAGAAAUGGAAAAACUUAAAACUCUUCGCGUUGCAUUAGUGCAGAUGGCUGUUGGGGAAGACUUAAGAGAAAACCUCCAGAGAGCUAUUAAGCUUAUACGAGACGCAACUGCCAAUAAUUCCUCUCUAAUUGUGUUGCCAGAGUGCUUCAACAGUCCAUAUGGAACAAAACAUUUUCCCAAAUAUGCUGAGCCUAUACCAAAUGGUGAAACAUCAAAAACCCUCUCUGAGGAGGCGAAAGCCAAUAAGGUGUUUCUGGUUGCGGGUUCCAUACCGGAACGGGAGGGAAACAAGUUCUACAAUACUACCACCGUUUGGAGUCCCAGUGGUGAGCUGCUGGCUAAACAUAGGAAGAUACAUUUAUUUGAUAUUGACAUUCCAGGAGGAGUGAGAUUUAAGGAAUCCGAUUGCCUCAGUGCAGGAAAAGAUUUGACCACAUUCAAUAUUUCAAAUCUAAAAAUUGGAGUUGGCAUAUGCUAUGACCUCAGGUUUAGUGAACUGUCGAAAAUUUACAGGAAACAAGGUGUGGAUAUGCUGUUGUACCCCGGAGCUUUCAACAUGACCACUGGACCGUUGCACUGGGAACUGCUGUUGCGUGCCCGGGCGGUCGACGAGCAGGUGUUUGUAGCAGGCGUCUCUCCAGCUCGGGACACGACGGCGGACUAUGUAGCCUGGGGACACUCCAUGGUGGUGGACCCCUGGGGUAAAAUCCUUCAACAAGCUGACUCCCAGGAGGAGACAGUCAUUGUGGAUUUAGACCUGGCUGAGAUAGACAAUGUAAGAAAACAAAUACCAGUAUACUACCAAAGACGGGAAGAUUUGUAUGAUACCAUUGAAGUAAAGAGUAAAAUGUGAUUAGGAAAAGAACUGAUAUACUUACUGCCUAUGAGAUGAGUAAAGAAACUAAAAGUUCAUGUGUGGGAAGAACGUAUUGAUGGUGGAAGGGGUUCCUUUCCCAUGUUCUUUGCCAGGUAGCUCUAACCAAAAUAUCAAGUAAAAAUAGUCAUUCACUCAACUUUUAAUAACCUUUCUUUCACUAGCUAUGUGAUGUUUUUUCUAAUAGUAACAAUUCUCACAAUGUUUUUUAAAAAUUUUAGAGCAGCUAAUACAGACUGAAAUAACUAACAGUUGGACAAUGUUGUCUCAGUUGUAGAUGCACAGUAGCUGCUUCAUAAUUCUAUGUUCUCAAUAUCACAGUACCUUUACUCACCUCUUUGGCUUUAAACAAUAUAUAUUUAUUUGAAGGACAUUUUUCUGAUAUUAUAUUAUUAAAUAGUUUUGGAAUUUUUGCUGUUGUUACUUAUGUUAUAAUUAACUCUAGUUGUGGUGGGUAUCAUUUACUUGACAUGAUUCAGGAAGGAGCCUAUCCUUGAGCUGUUUACUAACACCAUUUGUGCAAUACAGAAAAUAUACGGAUGAUUCAAUCAACAAUUAAUUAAGUUGUAAUUAUUUUGGACUCAUUUCUGUUCAACACAAUUGCUGUGUCUGCUAUGUGUUGAAUCUCAGUACUUUCACGUUCUUCCAGAUAAUUAACCUAUAAAGCACCAUAUAGUUGCUGCCUAACUUUAGAUUAGUGCUCAAUAAUUAUCAAAAAUAAACACUAUAUUUUCUUAAAGCUGAAUUUAAUUUACUUUUCUGUGUAAGAAAAGGAAAAUAAAAUAUAUGUAAAUAAUUUUAGAUUCUUUUAUUUGCCCACAAAAAAAAAGAUUUGUGGGCACAUAAUAAACACUUGCGGCUUUGAACGAUACUACCAAACUGCCUUUUGUGAAACAAAAACUGGUCUAGCUUUGAUCAAUAAGCACAGAGGCUGCCACGUGGUGUGCAGCACAUCUCACUAGUGAACUAUACUUCCCACACAUUAGCGGACUAGCUCAUAACUACUAUCAUUACAAAUCAAGGCAAACAAUUUUAUUGUUUUGUGCGUAUACGUGCUUUCACUGUUUAGAGCAUAGUCAGCCCUCUGUAAGUUGUACACCUUUUUUAAUAUCUCUAUAGAUUUUAAGAUGGCAGCCAUUUAAAGUUUUGAAAAAGAAUGGUUGAUUAUAUAUAAGUUAUUAUGCAUUAUAACACAAAACAAAAGUGUUUUAGUAUUAUCGGGGCAUUUACAAUAAUGUUAGUUCAUGAUUAAAUAAAAAAUAACUUGGUUUCCAGACAGCGGGCAUACAAAGUUUUAAACUAAUAUACAAAUUGGGGGAAUAAUUAUGAACACAAUGUAUAUCAUAGUUCUUAAUAGAAAUAGACUAAACUUUGUACAGAGGCAGUAUUUAUAUAUAAUUUGGACGAAUUCGUUAGCCAGUCUUCACCAAUAAAACAUUUCAAGAUGGCGUUUAUUCGAAUUUCGGCAAAUGUUUAUCUUGAGUAUUUCACACGAUAAAUCACAAUUGACACACUUCAUAAAAUUGUCAAGUGAUUCUAAGCAACAUUUAUUCUUGCUUAUUUUUUGAUAACUUUAAGGUUUCAAGAUGGUGGCCAUUUAGUUAUAGAAGUAUUCAACUGAACUAUUAUAAGUGAGUAUGUUUACAGACAUAAUUUCAGAUUAAUUGUAUCAGAAUCAUGCCCACGUUUUUUCAAAGAACUUACACGGUUAUAAUAAUUUUUGUCUUAUAAGGUUUCAAGAUUAUGGACUUUCUAAAUGUUUGAAAGUGUUGUUACAAUUGUAUUAACAUGCCGACAUUGAGGAUUACUGUCCCAUCAGUGUUGUGCAAAUUAAACAUCUAAACUAAUAAUGCAUCUUUAGUUUGAAAUUUUGAGAUGACGGCCACACGUGUAAUCUAACUUUUUUCUGACUGAGCCGGAAGGGAUAUUUAUAAUAAAAAAGUAACCUUUACAUAACAUCUCAAAACAGUCUGAUAGUAAACAUAAUAAAAUUACUGCCACUACUACAGUUAGUUAACAAGUGGGUCAUUGUGUAUAUGUUAUAUUUCAAGUCUGGAUUUAGGUAAAUAGUUUUAAGGUUACUAACAAUAAAUUCCACCUUUUGAGAACCGGGUCAAAAAUCGGUGUGUGCAAUAAUCAAUUUGAUCAUUUCAAGCACUGUUUACUCAAACUGAACUUAAAUGGUAUAAUGCAUUAAAAACAUCAAUUGAUUUGGAAAACAUGUGUAUAUCAAGUUGUAUCCAGUAUAUUUUUUGUUCUGUUAUGUUAUGUUUGAAUUAAAGUUUUCCACAAAAAACAAGUUAUUUUGUCAUAUAUAGUUUUACAAAAUAAAAAUUUUUGCCUGCGAAAAAAUUUAAUUUUUUAUAAUUGUAUUACAAAAAUACAAACACAUAAUAUUUUUAUUGGGAAGACAUUAUUUAGUUUUCUUUACAUUAUUAUUAGUGAGUACAUAAAACUAAUCUCAAAUGUUUAUUUAUAAAAGCAUUUGUAUAUUAUGCUUUUAAAGAUUGUAAAUAAAAUUCAUUGUAAUA